GCAAGAGGUGUCCAUUGGAACGGCACUCAACAUUAUAGCAUGAAGACAUCCAUCUUGGGCAAGCAACCCCUAGACAGUCACUUUGUUUCCGGAGGUAGGCGAGCCAGGGUGUGUUUGAGGUUUCAGCCAGGGGAUCUCGUUCCUGAAUCAUCCUCACCUCCACCUCUUCAGACACGAUGCACGCGAUCCGAGCAAGGCAUGCUGCCAGCGCAUUCCGGAGACUGACACCAAGCUGGAAUCGACAGCAGGGCAUUCGACUUCCGCUGACACUCGCUCAUUUGCCUUUGACCUGUCGACAAUUGUCCUCGGGCAGCUUUCAAGGAACGAGCGUCUCUAUAGAGUCCUUUGCAGAAGUGCAGGCGGAGUUGCUCGAAGGCGCUACCUUUGGCGACUAUCCAUCACGAACACACAAAUGCGGCGAUCUUAACAAGACUCAUGUAGGUGAGCAAGUCGUCUUGACCGGCUGGGCGCAAAAUAUCAGAAAGUUCUCAGAUGAGCUUAUUUUCUUGCCAUUGAGAGACCACUCUGGAACGGUCCAGUUGGUCUUAAAAGGGUCAGAAGAGGGCAAGGAUGGGGCCCGAAAGAGACUUCAGGAUCUGACGGCAGAGAGUGUAAUCUGUGUCGAAGGACGUGUGGUGAAGCGGGAGGGGAGUGCGGUGAACCCGAAGAUGGCGACAGGAGAGAUUGAAGUGGACCUGGCAUCGAUACGUGUGCUCAAUAAGACCCAUAAGACUCUACCAUUUUUGCCGUCGAAUCAGUCCUUGGCGAAUGAGGAGAUACGACUCAAGUACCGAUGUCUGGAUCUGCGCCGCGAUACUCUCCAAAGGAAUAUUCGUACCCGGUCAUUAGCUGCAUGGGUUAUUCGCGACUAUUUCAUUCAAAAUGACUUUGUUGAAGUAGAAACGCCAAUGCUGUUCAAGUCUACGCCGGAGGGUGCACGGGAGUUCGUGGUGCCAACACGCAAUAGUGGAUCCUUUUAUGCCCUUCCACAGAGUCCGCAACAGUAUAAGCAGCUGCUCAUGGCCAGUGGAAUCGAUCGUUACUUCCAGAUCGCAAAGUGCUUCCGCGAUGAAGAUCUACGUGCGGAUCGCCAACCAGAGUUCACGCAGAUCGAUCUAGAAGUGUCAUUUGGCUCUGCAAAAGAUAUUCAGACACUGGUUGAGGGCCUCGUAAGAUCUGUAUGGCACAAAAUUAAAGGUGUGGAUCUUUUCGACGGCGAGCCCUUCCCACGAAUGAACUACCAGCUGGCCAUGUCCAAGAUCCAACAUGUUGUAGACAUUACGGGCGACAGUAUUUUGGAAGCGAUUGUUUUGAAGAGUGAUAUGAAACUCCCCAGUUCGGAUCUUAAGGCACUCUCGCAACAGGACAACAGGGUGUUGCCAGUUGUAAAGAUCAGUGAAAAAAACAUCCAGACGUGGCUUCAUAAGCUGCCUUUCACGGAACGGAUCCAAGGAUCCAUUAAUGAGGAUAUGGUUAACGCCGCGCUGGAUGUGCAGAUCGGCGACAGCGUCAUUCUUAACACCCGACCAGCAUUCCUUUCUGGUGGCCAAACAGUUCUGGGCAAGGUUCGAUUGGAGCUCGCCAGUAAACUACAAGCAAAGGGUUUGCUGCAGAUUCCCUCCGCACAAUACAACUUUUUGUGGAUCGAGGGCUUCCCAUUGUUUUCGCCUCCCGAGACACCAUCGCCAGUUGAGAAUGACGGUCGCAAAUUAGCGGCAACACAUCAUCCAUUCACUGCGCCUGUUGCAGAAGAUCUACCGUUACUUGCCAGCUCACCUGAGAAGGUGCGGGGACAGCAUUAUGACCUGGUGUUGAAUGGUGUUGAGAUUGGGGGCGGCUCUAUUCGUAUCCACUCUCCUAAGCUGCAGACUUAUGUCUUUGAAAAGAUCCUUCAGAUGACACCGGAAGAGAGUGGUCGGUUUUCGCAUUUGGUGGAUGCAUUGUCGUUUGGGUGUCCACCCCAUGGAGGUCUUGCACUGGGAUUUGACCGGAUGAUGGCUAUUCUAUGUGAGACAGCUUCAAUCCGAGACGUGAUUGCGUUCCCGAAAUCAGCAUCGGGUCGCGAUCUUGUUGUAGGAAGUCCAUCUGGACUGACGGAGCAGCAGCUGAAGGAGUAUAGGAUCCGGGUAACGGAGUGAAUGAGUGAGGGUGCUUAUCUUGUGCAUAGACAUUUAUUAGUUUCUCAGUCUCAUACCCGAAUAAUGAAUAAAGGAUCUUUAUACAUCUUGAUUCU